AAAGCAAUCAGUUUUACUGUACGUGUGAAUAAUUCGGUCAAAUCGAGCCAUUUCAGAGCACUAAAAUGACUAGCUCUGAUUUGAUUUAUCAGUACAAAACGACAUGCAAUAAGCUGAAGAAAAUACAACGCGUUUUAAUUAAACGCUUUGGACCAAGUGUAUCGGAAGUAUCGGAAGAGUUUGGUGCGCUAGCGAAUAGCUUCAACGAAGCAUUCCAACCGGAAUAUGCAGCAAAAUGUUACAUCGGUCAGAGCAAAUGUGAAAAGCUUAUCGGGAACGAUAUGGGUGAGGUGGAUGCGCUACUCCGAGCCGCCCGAUCCUUCCGCAGCGCUCACGAUAAGCAGGAACGAAUGCGAGUCGCAAACAUUUCGCAUGCCUAUCACGAAGGUGCCUUUCGAUGCUAUACACAGGCGCUUUCCCGACUGCCGGACAAAUCGGUCAUUGGAGCGGCCAUCAUCAGGGAACUUAAAGAAAUCAAUCCCAACGUGGAACUGACGAGCGAUUUCAGUUCACCGUGCCAUCGGAUCUGGGAUCUGGAACAGUCGGCAGAGGAAAAUCUUACCGCACGUGAUUAUGUCGGUGCGUUUGAGAAGCUGUCGGAAAUCUACGACGAUGUUACCGAGCGAAAGUGUGAAUCGCUCUACGAGGAUGUGAUGAAACGGAUCGAAAUAUCCCGUCUGCUUUUGCUUUGUUUGCUGCAACUACCACCGUCUGUGCGUUAUGAUCAUAAGUUCAUCGAACGAUACUCAAGCAUCGGAGACGGUGGACAACGAGAAUCAAGUCCCGACCGUGCACGGUUACCGGAUGAUCUCGUAUUUCUUCUACAGUCACUUGUCGUUUCCUGCCAAGCGAAGGAUGUGGACUCGCUAAUUGCUGUCCGGGACGAGCUUUGCCAAAGGCCAGAUUUAACCCACUCACAUCAGGCUCUACUGAAAGAAGUGGUCGCAAAGUAUAGCAAAUGAUAUUAGAUGAUGUGAAGGUAGUGUUGGAGAGCUUUUUCUGAUUUAUUAUGCUGCUCUAUCCAUUGCAUGCUGCAAAACUGUACAUAGUUAGCCCGAUCAUUUUAAAGCAGAGCUGUGCAUAAGAACCAAGAAUUAUUUUAAACUUACAUUUUAAGCUACUUGUUAGUUAUGGACGUUCAAAUUCCCAAGUAUUACAACCAGAAAAAAGCAGUGCUAAUCCUCGAUAGAAAAUAUACGAACAUAAAUAUUGGCAAAUAAACGAAGCAUUUUGUUAUUAUUUCCUAUUA